GAGGAGAGGAGCGCGCCCGCAAACAGAAGGAGGAGGAAGAAGAGCGGAUGCUGAGGGAGAUCGAAGAGCGCGCUCAGAAGAAGAAGGAAGAGAACGAACGCCUUCGCAAAGAGAAGGAAGAAGAGGAGCGUCGCAAGAAGGAGGAAGAAAGGCUGCGUCGCGAGGACGAGGAGAGGAAGCGUGCGGAAGCGGCCGAGAAGUUGAGGCGAGAGGCGGAAGAGAAGAUGAGGGAGAAAGAGGAGAAGCGCACGAAGCAGGAAGAAGAGAGGAAGAAGCGCGACGAGGAAGACAAGCGAAUGAAGGAGGAAUUGAGGAAGCAAAAGGAGGAGGAAGCCAAACAGAUGCUGCAAGAGCAGGAAGCAGCGCGGAUCAAGCGCGCCGAAGAACAAAAGAUGGCGGCGACGCGAGAGGAGGAAACUGCCGACCGAUGCGUGGGAAAUACCGAAGCAAUCCAGCAGGCCGUCGUUAGCCCGGAACCAACAGCAAACGAAGCCGGCCUCGACCAAUCAAAGCAAGAUGAAAGGUCGGACGCCCUGGAUGAAAAGUCGGCGGAAGUGAAAUUGAGAGAACGACGACGCGAUGAAGAUUGCGAGAGGGAAGCGGCUUUGGUGCGGAAGCAAGACGACAGCCAACGGAAAGAACCGGAGGCGAAAACGGAAGAAGAAGAGCCGAAAGUGGACGAUGAAAUGAUGCGACAGAAAGUGAGAGAAGAAAAGAAAUUGAAAUUGAAAGAGAAAGAGCGAAGCGAAGCGGAAGCAAAGGUCGUGAUGGAGCAACAAGAGCGGAAGAAGGCGGAGCAAGAGAAACUGGAGGAGCAGCGACAGGAAAAGGAGCGCCAAGCGGCGGCUGAGGCGGAGAAGCGAAACGAAGAAGAAAAGCAGCGCAGGGAGGCGGAAGAGAAGAGGAAGAAGGAGCAAGAAGAGAAGGAGCGCAAGGAAGCGGAGCAGAAGAAACUGAAGGAGCUUCGAGAAGCCGAAGAAAUUCAAUUGAAAGAGCAGCGGCAGAAGGAAGCCGAAGAAAAGAGACUGAAAGAUCAAGCGGAAAAGGAACGCAAAGAGCGAGAGGAGAAGGAAUUGAAGGAAUUGAAGGAAAAGCAGGAAGCGGAACAGAGAAAAUUGAAGGAGCUUCAAGAGGCGGAAGAAAAGAAAUUGAAGGAGGAAGCGGAAAAGGAGCGCAGAGAGAGGGAAGACAAGGAAUCGAAGGAAAAGGAGCGCAAAGAGGCCGAGGCGAAGAAAUUGCAGGAAGAAAAGGAGCGCAAAGAGGCGGAAGCGAGGGAGAAGAAGCAACAGGAAAAGAAGCUCAAGGAGGCUGAAGAAUUGAAGAAAAAGGAGCGCCAAGAAGCCGAGGAAAAGAAACUGAAGGAACAAAAAGAGAAGGAGCGUCAGGAGGCCGAAGAGAAGAAAUUAAAGGAACGAAAAGACAAGGAACGCAAAGAGGCCGAAGAGAAGGAAUUGAAAGAACAAGAAGAAAAGAAGCUGAAGAAAGAGCGGGAAAGAGAACGCCAAGAGGCCCAAGAACUCCAAUUGAAGGAGCAACAGGAGAAGGAGGAGCGUAAAGAGCGAAAGAAGAAGGACAAAUUGGAGAAAGAACGCAAGGAUAUGGAGCAGAAGCAAACGAAGGAGCAGCAAGAGCUGACGAAAAAGGCCGACGAGGACGAGCGCAUGAAAUCCAGCCUCAAAACUGGCGAGAGAAAGGAGCCACGCGUCAAAGCGGAAGAGGAACGGCCCGAACGCGAGGCGGGACGACAUGUCGAUGACGCACGUAAUCGAUCGGAUGACGUAUCACCCAACAAGGAGCGUCGAAGGAGGCCCAUCACAAAUUCAGAUGAGCAGCAGCAGCCAACGCUUGAAAGUUGUUGCGAUAACUCAACGAGGACGACGCGUCCGAGGGCUCGACCUGCCGAUGAAUCUCAAUUUGAUGCCGCUGCUGUUGGUUCGGCAACAACUCGACGUCGGCCCGCCGUGCCAACUGUUUUCGGAGAAGCAGCUUGCGAUUCGAUGAACCCGUCAUGGCAGCAGCCCGGUAUCGAUGGCUCGUCGCAGACGCACAACAGGCAUCUUCAGCUUUCCACCGAUUUCGAUUUGCAUCCGGCUACGAGGCUGAGCAGGGAAGACGUGCGUCACGGAAUUCGGGCCCGUUCGGCAGGUGUCGCGUCCCACUCGAUGCUAAACAGAUCCGCGUAUCGUGCCGAGUCUCAUUCUACUCAGCCGGAAUGGGAUAGUUCCACCCAAACAAACGAAGAUGGAAGAAGAGAUCCAACCAAGAAACCGAAAUUCAGCUCUAAAUUGCGAGACAUGGAAGUAGCCAAGGGCUGCCAAAUCAAAUUGACGUGCAGUUUGCUCUGCAAUCCCGAGCCGGAAAUCGAAUGGUUCCGCAAUGGCUUGCCCAUACUCAAGUGCGAAGAUCGUCAUAGAUACGCGACCAGCUGGAACCCGAUCGGCAUCGCCAGUUUAGAAGUGCGCGAUUUGACCCGCUCCGACACGGGCGAGUACAUGUGCGUGGCGCGCAAUCAGCACGGACAGGCCAGCACGUCGGCCGAUGUUCGGGUCAGGGGCGAUUACGAACCGAAAACCAGUUCGCCAUCUUUUACGUCGUCCAUCCGAGACGUGUACCAUGAGGCGAGUGACGAACUGGUCCUCGAAUGUGCUGUCGACGGGUUCCCGACUCCCAAAAUCACGUGGAUGAAGGACGGCAUCAAAUUGCAUUUGAGCAGCCGUUACAAGCACAGCCUGGACAUGGACGGGCGUUGUCGUCUCGUUGUCCAUUCGCCAUGUGUCGGCGAUUCGGGCCACUACACCUGCGUCGCUCAGAACGCUUCGAGAAAGGAUGAGAUUUCCAGUUUUGUCGUAGUUCCAGAACACGUUUGGAACAGUAACGAGAAAAGGAUGAAGACGGCCCCGAGUCACGCUGGAUAUUCUGGCAGUGCCGAAUUUUACCGCCGUCAAGCAGAGCGUGAUAAGAUUGCAUCUUCGGCAGAUGGGCACAGUUUCGACGCGGGCCGUUACGAUGCCAUGGCUGUUCCAGAUGACUCGGCCCAUUUCGUCUUGUUGCCCGAAAGCACGCUGACCGUCGGUAGGGAUCGCGAUCUUGUGAUUCAAUGUCGCGUCCGAGGACAUCCGCGACCUAAAGUGACGUGGUUGAAGGGCAUCCGAGACGUGGCCGAAUCUGGACGGUCAUGCGUCGAGAUGGACGGCGACUUGUACCGUUUCGUCCUGAAGAAAGCCAAUUACGGCGAUGGUGGGACGUACAUCGUCAAAGCCAGCAACUGCCACGGCACCCAGAAAGCCUAUUGCACCGUCCGCGUCAAGGAAGCGACCAAUUCUUCCGAGUGGGACUUCAAGGACGCGGAAACGAGCCUCAACGAUCUGUCCGAACGUCGAGUCAGGCGAUUCAACAAAGAUGUGCCAGGUCCGGUUGCUGCACCUCCGAUGGCAACUGUCAGCGGUAAAAAUGUCGUGUCGCUUAGCUGGCCCAAACCGAAUUACACGGGCGGGGCACCUAUUUUAGCUUACAAAGUGGAAGCUUGGCUCCUUGGCGAAGGAGCCAUAUGGAUAGAGGUAGCCAUGACUUGUAUUACCAGCACGGACGUGUACAACUUAAAGCCGGAACGGGAGUACUUGUUCCGCAUCACGCCGCGCAACAAGUACGGAUGGGGUGAAUCGCUGGUCUCGUCGACGCCCAUCCAAACGGUGAGCCGCACCGGUUUGCCCCACUUCCAUCGCCAACUGCAUCCGCAGAUCAAGGCGCUCGAACACACGGACGUUGAACUGCUGACGGAGGUGUCGGGCCAGCUGACGCCUCUGGUCGAAUGGUACCGCGACGGCAGCAAGUUGGACGGCGUCAAGCAGCCGCGCUACGAGCUGCGCUCCAUCGGCUCGGAUUGCCGCCACGCGUUGACCAUUCACGACGUCCAAAUGGAGACGGACGACGACAGCAAGUUCACGUGCGAGGCCGUCAAUCCGGCAGGAAGAGUCGCCACAUUCAGCCGUGUCCUCGUCGUGACGGACCAGCGUGUAGCCGAAGCCGACGCCCUUUUCAGACAGCAGCUGGAUGGUCUCAGUGGCAAUGACAGGAUGGCGAUGGCGCCGCAAUUCACGAUGAGGCCUCGCGACCGUCGCGUUCAGCUGACCUUUCCCGUCCGACUGACCUGCCAAUUGAUUGGCUGUCCCAAGCCGGACGUCACCUGGUAUCACAACGACAGCGCCAUCAUCAUCGGCGACGACGAGCGUCACAGUUACAGCGUGGACGGCAAUUUCCACACGUUGGAGAUUGCGGCGACCAAAUUCGACGACGCUGGCAUCUACAGCGUCCAAGGCCGUAAUUGCUCGGGCGCGGUGGGUUGCCAGUGCUGCCUCGUAGUGGACGGUGGCAUUCGGGCGUACGUCAUGCCCUUUUUCACGCACGAGCUGGAGGAUCGCACCGUGUCGGAGGGCGGCACCUUCUCGUUGAUCGCCCGCGUCGAAGCCUAUCCGGCCGUCGGGGUUCUCUGGCAUCGGGACGGGAUACGCCUACGUCCUUGCCGUCAGUACGACAUGCGACUGGAAUCUGACGGCACGGUGGCGUUGGUCGUGUCGGGCGUGUUGGCCCGGCGCCACGCUGGCGUCUACACGUGCACCGUCACCAACGAAAUGGGCCAAGUCUCGUCCAACGCUCGCGUCACCAUCAGACAACGGCCAUUAGCGAUUCCAUCAUCAUCAUUGGACGCCAUCAGCUCCGAUCACGACAACAUCGGGGAGACGUCAGUGGCGCCGCGUUUCGUCCAAAAACCGACUGAAUUUGUUGAAGGCGAUGCGUUGGUCGUCGUCUGCGAGGUGCUGGGCGAUCCUAAACCCGAGGUCAUCUGGCUGCGUGACUGGCUAAAUCCGCCAGGUUGCCAGCACGCUGACCGUUUCGUGAGCGAGGCGGACGCACCUGUUUACAAGCUGACCGUCCCCUGCGUCCAGUUGGACUUUUCGGCAACCUAUUCGGUCGUUGCGCGCAACCUUCACGGAGAAGCCAAAGCCGCCAUUUCGCUGCAAGUCUACGUCCACGGAGGACAAGGACGUCAAGGUUCUUCUGAAAGUGUUGGAUCUUCUGCAUCGGUGGGACGCUCGACGACAUUCAGUCGCGUCCUUGCGGCGCCAACCGUCGUCCAGCCAUUGAGACACUUGCGCUGUUGCGACGGCGAUACCGUCACGUUCGAAUGUCGCUUCAACGGCCAGCCUGAAACAGCCGGUUCGAUUCAAAUCCACUGGCUCCGAGGCGGCAAACUCCUGCGAUUGUGCAAAGAUUUCUCGGCCGAGUUGAAGGCUGAGGAAGGCGUGGUAAGGCUGUCCAUCCGGCGCGUCUACCCGGAAGACGAAGGCGAGUACACGUGCGUGGCCUACAACGAACUGGGCAGCGAUUCGACAUCGGCCUGCCUCAUCGUCGAUGUGGCUGAUGAUAAAGAGAACGACCUGAUGGUUCAGUUGGAUUCGAGACCGGCCGGCACUGUGUCGGCACGCGCCACGCCCAGAACGACCCCUUCGCGCACGAUCCGUUCCGUCUCGCCAAUCAAUUCCACAGCGACUCAACAACAACAACAACAACAACAGCAGCAGAAGAGCCGAGUGCGCAAAGUGCCGCCCAAAUUCUAUUCGGUACCGCACAACAAAAUCGCCGAGACGGGCGAAACGGUUCGAUUCCAGUGCAACGUCGGUGGCAAUCCGUCGCCUCGGGUCACGUGGGAUCGCGACAACAUCGCCAUCAAACCCGAAACGAUCGCUCCGGCCGGACGCGUCAGCAUCGAAGAGCGAGAUGACGUCCGCGUCCUCGAGAUCCGCAACGUGACUAGCGAGGAUGCCGGAUUGUACAGGAUCACGGUGGAGAACGAACUAGGCCGGAUCCAGGCCAACGCCCGACUGGACAUCCUUAGCCGAUCGAGCGGCAGUCGUUCCAGCGGAUUCAUCCGCUCCGGAUCAGCCGCGUCGGCCGGUAGAGGCGCUUACUAUUCGCCGCUGAGCGGAUCGAGCGCGUCCCGAUUGGCUGGCAGGGCUCUCGGCAUGUCGAGCGCCAGUUACCUGCGCGGAUCAUCCACUCCGCGCUCUGGCGGCGGACGAUAUCACGCCACGUCGGACAUGGACGGAUCGAGUGGCGAUUGUGUGGCUGCAAAGAGCAAGGCGUCCAAUCAUCAGGCCGUUUCGUUCGUUCAACAAUUGCCCAGUCGGAUGCGAGUGAACGAAGGCGAUGCCGUCGAAUUGCAAGUCGUCAUUACAGGUACGCCGCCAUUGAAGGUCGUCUGGGUGCAGAACGACGCCAUUCUAGCCGACUGUCCGGAAUUCCGCCACUUGGAUUACGGCGACGGUCGUUAUGCUCUUCGUUUGAGCGACGCCUUCACUCACGACAGCGGCGUUUACUUUUGCGAAGCUUACAAUCGCCACGGCGAGGCCGAGUCUUGGUGUCGGCUCAUCGUCAGCGAUCCCACAGACAAACUGUUCACCGAGACGUCGGCAGAGGCGUCGACGACCUUGGCCUACUCGAGCGCCAACACGGCCUCCGUUCGAACGCAAAACGAUGAAGAAGAAGAAGAUAAUAAUCAAAUGGUGAACGCCAUCGACGACCGAGUGGCCGACUAUCGUGACGACGAGGACGUUUUCAGCUGCAGCAAAGAAGAUUUGACGUACGAGUCGGACAACAAGUUGAACGACGAGCUGGACAAUCCGUUCCAAGUGGCGGCGCAAAUCGUCAAGGGGCCGGUCAGCGUCUCGACGCUCGUCGGCUCCACCGUUUUAUUGGAGGCGCUGAUUAUCGGACGGCCAGAGCCCACCGUUCGCUGGCUCAAAGGGGGCAAAGAACUUGCGGAGAGCGAGCGCGUCGAAAUGAGGCAAGCCGAUGGAAUGGCGUCGCUCAGUUUGCACCGCAUCACGGCCGAUGACAGUGGCAAGUACAUCGUCAUGGCUGAGAACACAUUCGGCAUGGACUGUCACUACGCUUCGUUGGCAGUUGAAGGACCGCCAGAUCCUGGUGGCAAGCCGACAAUCUGCGAAGUGAAAGCCGACAGUUUGACGCUGACGUGGUACGGCUCCGUCUACGAUGGCGGCUCAGUCAUCACCGGCUACCUGGUUGAAAUCUGCGAAACGGGCCAGUCAUGGACGGUCCUCACCUCAGAGUGCAACUCGACCUCGUACGUGAUUCACGGACUGGCGCCUCUGCGCACCUACCAGUUUCGCGUGAGAGCCAAAAACAUUCACGGCUGCAGCGAGCCGAGCAGCCCGUCUGACCCGCUCUUCUUGCAGCCGCCGUCGGUCGUUGAGAAACGAGACAAGGCCGUCGUCAACAUCGAGCGCGAAGAGAAAGACCAUCAGACAAUGGUCGGCCAAGCAGACGACGACCAAGUCGAUUACGACCGAGACGAUGACGACGAGUCUCACGCUCCCCAAUUCGAACACUGUCACGUCACGGUGCAACCGGGUGAGCCCCACUUUCAGGAAAAGUACUCGGUUCACGAAGAGUUGGGCAAAGGCCGUUUUGGCGUCGUUUACCGACUGGUCGAUCGGGCCAGCGGCGCUCUCAGGGCAGCCAAAUACGUGAGGUGCAUUAAGGCGGCCGACCGCGAGAAAGUCUACCAAGAGGUGGCCGUCAUGAACAAAUUGCAACAUCCCAAAUUGCUGCAACUGGCGGCUGCCUACGACUGUCCCAAAGAGAUCGUCCUCGUCACCGAGUACAUUUCCGGCGGCGAAUUGUUUGAACGCGUCGUGGCCGAUGAUUUCACCCUGACCGAAAGGGAUUGCAUCCUGUUCAUGAGGCAAAUAUGCGAGGGAGUUGGUUACAUGCAUUCGAAGAGCAUCGUCCACCUGGACCUCAAGCCGGAAAACAUCCUUUGUCAAAGUCCCAAUUCACAUCGAAUCAAACUGAUCGAUUUCGGACUGGCCCGUCAAUUGGAUCCCGAUCAGCCGGUGCGUGUCCUCUUCGGCACGCCCGAAUUCAUCGCCCCGGAAAUAGUCAGUUACGAACCGAUCGGAUGCGCCACGGACAUGUGGUCGUUGGGAGUCGUCUGCUACGUCCUGUUAUCGGGACUGUCUCCGUUCAUGGGCGAUAAUGACGCCGAUACUUUUGCCAACAUCACGUCCAGCGAUUACGACUUUGACGACGACGCCUUCGCCGCCAUUUCGUGCGACGCCAAGGAUUUCAUUUCGUCGUUGCUCGUCAAACGACCAGAACUACGGCUGUCGGCCGAGGCUUGUCUUCAACACCAGUGGCUGGCCCAGGCGAAACACGCCAUGAAUUCCAUCAAACUGCCCACUGACCGGCUCAAGAAAUUCAUCAUCCGUCGCAAGUGGCAGAAAACUGGAACUGCCAUCCGAGCUUUGGGUCGUAUGGCCAGCUUGUCGUCUGCUUCGCGACGCAAUUCGUCGUCAUCGUCGACUGGCCGGCGUUCGUCUCGAAUGGACUCGCUGUGCGAGGAAGAACAAGGCUCGGUAUUUAGCAGCGGUUCCAGUUCUAGAUUUGCCACCAGUUCGCUGACGGCGCCCACCAACGGCGCCGACCCCGUAACCCGCAUCCGUAGCCCCAGUUUACCUGUCGUCACUCACCCUUGUCAAUCGCCUGGCUCCAGUCCCGGCAUCGCUCGCAGCCGCAGUCCCAGUCUUCCCGCAACCGGCCCGGCCAUUGAACUGCCGGACAGAAGCCCCCCGGCUACGAUUAGCGUCAAUAACUCGCCACGUCGAGUCUAUUACGCCGAUCGGAGCGAUAGUGGCAUCAGCGAUUGUUCCAAUCACUCGUCCACCCUUCUGUCCGGCUCGCACAUGCCCACCCUCAUUCAGGAGGAGGAGGAUGACGAGCAUUGUGGCACCGAGAGCGCAUUAACCAACGGCUGUUCUUCUUCCGAUCGAUUCACAGGAGGAACCUUCCUGGCGCAGAAGAGUGCCGGCCAUAGCGGCCAACACGCUCUUCAGGGUAAGGGCGUAGUCAGCAGUCGCCAUUCGGUCGAUUCGGCUAUUGAUGCAGAAUAAAAGCAACGUGCGACAAAUCGUUAAUGAAUUGAUCAAUACGAAAGGAAGAAAUGGGCGAGUGAAAGCCAAAUUUUCGCCAUAAAGACAAACAACAACAAAAAAAAGGCGAAAACAACAACAACAACAAAUUAACACGAAAAGGAAAGAAAAACAAAACACAAAUAAUAAUAAUAAAAUUAAUAAUAAAAAUAAUAAAAUGCAUCGUCUCGGUGGAAUUGCUUCGUUUCUUGCUGUAGAUUUGACCGUAUGUAGAAGCAGCAGCAGCCAUAUGUACAAUGUGUCAUAGGUGUGUUAUUCUCUCCUAUGUUUUGAUUAGCUUCGUCAGAUUACCUUUUCACUCCCACAUGGUUUCGUUUAUCUUGUCUUGUUUCUGCUAGAUAUUUCAAUUGGCCCCUCUUUCCUGUGCCACCAUGCACCGCUUUCAAAAAUUUACAUCUGAAUUAUUAUUAUUUAUUAUUAUUUUUGUUUCUUUCUCACGAAGUUAUUGAUUCUCUACCCAUCUAUACGUCUCUGUCUCUCUCUCUCUCUUUAUACCUGUCUAUAUACUGUGAUUGAUCCAUGAGUUGUCUUACUGCAUAAGGAAGGCCAUACUCGUUCGUUUUCAAUCGAAUGCACACAAAACACUUGCACGUCAACAAUCUCUCUCUUUUUUUUUUCUUUCUCUCAAUUCUCCCAUUUUCCCCUCCGGUAAAAUAAGAAAAAAAAAAAAAAGAAAUCUUUAAUACAUUAUACUCUUUAAAUUAAGAAUGCUCUGUUAUGGAUAUGAUUGAAAAACAUUUGUAUGAUGGAAAAGCACGUCUAUUAUAAUACAAAUAUGAUUAUCGUG